AUGACCAAAGCCCCUUUCUCUGUGGAGUGGUUGUCCCAGAGCAGCCAGGCCCUCAAGAGCCCCGCCGAGGGCUCGCCGCACCGAGCAUCCCCUGCAGGCCACCGGCCCGGCUCCGGCUCCAGCCCCGGCUUGAGGGAGCGGGACGAGGAGCAGCCCGCCGGGCCGCGGGCCGGGAGGGGCGACAGGAGCGGGGAGCACUUGUCGACCCCCCCCGCUGCAGGUAACCGCGGGGCCCGCGGCCGUCGGGGCACCCUGCGAGGAGGAGGAGGAGGAGGAGGGCGGAGGCGAGGGCGCGGUUCCCCCGCCACCCUCAGGGCGCCGGCGAAGGAGGCGGGCGGGCACCCCCGAGGUUCCCGGCCCUGGGUGACCCUUGUCUCCCCUUCCCCAGGAGCAGGCGGGCGGCCGUGGGGAGCGGGGCAGUCCCCGCCGGAGGGGGGUCCCGAGUGCUCGAGCCCCGAGGACCCCGGCGGCCGCGGCGGGCGGCGGCUGCGCACGGCCUUCAGCGCCGAGCAGAUCAGCACCCUGGAGAGCUCCUUCCAGCGGCAGCAGUACCUGGGGGCCGCCGAGCGCCGCAAGCUGGCGGGCAGGAUGCGGCUCUCGGAGGUGCAGAUCAAGACCUGGUUUCAGAACCGCCGGAUGAAGCUCAAGCGGCAGCUGCAGGAGCUGAGGACGGAGCCGUUCUGCAGCCCCCCCCUCCCUUACGGACCUCAGGGCGGCGUUGUGCCCUUGCCGCUCACCUACGUGGCCCGGCCGCCGCCUCUGCCCCGGCAAGGGGCCGCCGCUACGGGCUUCGCCUUGGCGGCGCUGCCGGCGCCCAGCCUGGACCUCAGCAGCGCCUGCAGGGCGCGGCCUGUGGGCUUCUGGGCGGCACCCUGCUUCGUGGGGUACAGGGACCCCAGAGCUUUCUUGCUGGGUGUCUGA